GUAAUAUUCCUAAACCAAGGGGGAUUAGAUCCGGCUCAACCCAACGCGUAAUAUGGGAAAUGGGAAGUGUAGGACAUUGACACGCAAAUAACACACAGAGGCAGACAAGCAGACGCCCAGAUAAAGAGAGACCCUUCUAUCCCUGUUCAUGGCUUUUCUUUUGAGUUUUUGAGCUUCUACUUCUAGGGUUUUGUUCAUACCCAUCAGCUCUGCUUUGGCUCUGCCUUCAGCUCCCAAUGGAUUUGCCGGAUUCGAAUCGGGUUGACAUCUUCGAGAUUUACCAGCGUUACUGCGUCAUUAGAUCAGGAAAAGCAUAUGAGGGAGAAAGAAAUGAGCAGGACAAUGAUACACAGCGGGGCAAAUCCUCAAGGGAUGCGUUGGCUCAGCUUUUAAAAUUUGUAGAAUUGAGAGUGCAUGCAAGUUCGAUUGUUGAUGAACUUGCAAAGCUCAUGUCAAAGCUAGAAUUUAUGGUGGAUUUCUCUGAGUUCUCACGCUUCUAUGAUUUUGUGUUCUUCGUGUUCCGCGAAAAUGGUCAAAAGAAUAUCACUGUAAGCAAGGCAGUUACUGCUUGGAGACUAGUUUUAGCUGGGAGGUUCCGAUUGCUGAACCAAUGGUGCAACUUUGUUGAGGAAAAUCAGAGACAUAAUAUUUCUGAGGAUACAUGGCAGCAAGUUUUAGCUUUUAGCCGAUGUGUGCAUGAAAAUCUUGAAGGUUACGAUCCUGAAGGAGCUUGGCCUGUCCUAAUAGAUGACUUUGUUGAGCAUAUGUACAGGGUAUCAGGAUCCAAUAAAGAUCCCAACCUUUUCUGCAACUGCGGUGAUUCAGAGUCUCAGUCAUGUAUAUUUGAAGACCCUCUUCCUGGAUUGAAAGUCAUUCCUGGUCUGAAGCGGAAGUGGCCUAGCCUUCAAAAUGGAGUGGAGUCCUCAGAUUUUCUGUUCCAAGGUUAUAACAACCUGAAUCUUAAGUCGAAUUCAAAAAGAAACAAGUUGAUAUCUAAAAAAACGUUGAACUGGGAGGAUAAUCCACCAGGUAAUUCAGCCGGUGACUGCAUGGAAAUCAUUAAUCAGAAUAGUCCAAUGGGGUCGUCCAAAUCUGUCUGUGCAGUUGAAGGUUGCUUGUCUAGAGGCUUUGCAGGACUGUUCUCAACUCGUUCCUAUUUGCAACUUGAUCGGGAAAGGAGAGUUUCAUAUAUAUAGAAAAAAAAAUGUGUGACUUGGGGUUAAUAUUCAUGUAUGUAUACCCACAUUUUCUGCGUGUUGUGUGGGACGUUAUUUUUUUUUUUUUUGGAUUCUGAAACAGUGGUGGUGAAUUCUUAUUGAUUGAAUGUUACAUCAGUACUCCUUUUGAGUGUUAAGAAAUCACUAAAAGGGUGAUUAGAUUUGUUUGAUUUCUCUAA